AAUGGAAGAGAAGGUCAAAGAGCCAAUUAAAGAGCCCUCGGAGGAGCCUUUACCAAUGGAGACAGAAGAGGAAGAGCCAAAAGAAGAACCUAUAAAAGAACUGAUAAAGGAGCCAAAAGAGGAAGAAAUGACAGAGGAAGAGAAGGCAGCUCAGAAGGCCAAGCCGGUUGCCACCACCCCUAUUCCAGGCACGCCCUGGUGUGUGGUGUGGACUGGGGAUGAGCGGGUGUUCUUCUACAACCCCACCACCCGUCUGUCCAUGUGGGACCGACCCGAUGACCUCAUUGGAAGAGCUGAUGUGGACAAAAUUAUUCAAGAACCUCCUCACAAAAAAGGAAUGGAAGAAGGAAAAAAACUUAUUAGAGAAGAGCAUGAAGCUGCAGAGGAAGCAAAUGAAGAUGAGCCUAUUAAAAUAAAGAAGCGCAAGAAAGAUGAUAUCAAAGACAUUGAUUCUGAGAAGGAGGCUGCUAUGGAGGCUGAGAUUAAAGCUGCUCGAGAGAGAGCCAUCGUCCCACUGGAGGCUCGGAUGAAACAGUUCAAGGACAUGCUGCUGGAAAGAGGGGUGUCUGCCUUUUCAACAUGGGAGAAAGAGCUGCACAAGAUUGUGUUUGAUCCUCGYUACUUGCUGCUCAACCCAAAAGAAAGGAAACAGGUGUUUGAUCAGUAUGUGAAAACCCGAGCAGAGGAAGAGCGCAAGGAGAAGAAAAAUAAAAUAAUGCAGGCCAAGGAGGAUUUCAAGAAAAUGAUGGAAGAAGCAAAGAUUAAUCCAAGAACUACUUUUAGUGAAUUUGCAGCCAAGCAUGCUAAAGACUCGAGGUUCAAGGCAAUUGAAAAGAUGAAAGAUCGAGAGGCCUUGUUUAAUGAGUUUAUCACAGCGGCCAGAAAGAAGGAGAAGGAAGACUCGAAGACCAGGGGAGAGAAGAUCAAAAUGGACUUCUUUGAGCUGCUGGCAAACCACCACCUGGACAGUCAGUCUCGCUGGAGCAAAGUGAAGGACAAAGUGGAGACUGACCCACGGUACAAGGCGGUGGACAGCUCCUCACAGAGGGAGGACCUGUUCAAGCAGUACAUCGAGAAAAUAGCCAAGAACUUAGACUCAGAGAAGGAGAAGGAGCUGGAGCGGCAGGCGCGCAUCGAGGCGAGUCUGCGGGAGCGCGAGCGCGAGGUGCAGAAAGCGCGCUCCGAGCAGACCAAGGAGAUCGACCGCGAGCGCGAGCAGCACAAGAGGGAGGAGGCCAUCCAGAACUUCAAAGCACUGCUGUCUGACAUGGUGCGUUCUUCAGACGUGUCCUGGUCUGACACCAGGAGGACUCUGCGCAAAGAUCACCGCUGGGAGUCGGGAUCCCUGCUCGAGAGAGAGGAGAAAGAAAAGCUCUUUAAUGAACACAUUGAGGCACUUACCAAAAAGAAGAGGGAACAUUUCAGGCAACUUCUGGAUGAAACUUCAGCGAUAACUUUAACAUCAACAUGGAAGGAAGUGAAAAAAAUCAUUAAAGAAGAUCCAAGAUGCAUUAAAUUCUCUUCGAGUGACAGGAAAAAGCAAAGGGAGUUUGAGGAAUACAUCCGAGACAAAUACAUCACUGCCAAAGCCGACUUCAGGACACUGCUCAAAGAGACCAAAUUCAUCACRUACAGAUCCAAAAAGCUGAUCCAGGAGUCUGAUCAGCACCUGAAGGAUGUGGAGAAGAUCCUGCAGAACGACAAGCGGUACCUGGUGCUGGACUGCGUGCCCGAGGAGCGGCGCAAGCUGAUCGUGUCCUACAUGGAUGACCUGGACCGGCGCGGGCCUCCCCCRCCCCCCACCGCCUCCGAGCCCACGCGGAGAACCACCAAAUAGCUCGGGCUGCUCCUGAGCCACGGGUCUGUUCAAUCCAAACGCUUGCAUGAGCCAUCUGUCAGGUUACACACAUUCAUUGCCGUGAAUAUAUUCAAACAUCUGAGGAGCAGAGGCAGAAGCAGCAAUAGUGAACAUAAAAUGAUCUCUGCGGGGGGAAACCAGCAACAACAAAAGCCCAUGUUAAAGAUAUUUAUGAGUUAAUUGGAGCAUGACUGAUGAAUGGGGGCUGUUUGGUGACUGCAGGGCCGUGUGUGUGAGGUGUGGGUGUCUGGUACCUGGGCUUUCCCUCUCAGCAGUGUCCUCCCUGUGAUCCACAGGCUGAUCCCAUUGUGGUUUGAGCGCGCCCUCCAUGUGUGCCACAGCWGCCUCCUGCUUCCUGCAGUCCGUGGCUGAGCUGGUGUGCUCUCAUAGCUUAAAUUAUUGAUCACUGACAGCCUGCUCUGGAAACACCAGUCCCAGUUCUCUGCUUCCACUCUUGUGAAUGGAGCUAAAUCCAUUAAAGCCAGGGUUAGAACUGAGUGAAGAACAGGGACUCGGAGCCCAAACCAGGUUUGUUCACAAGCUGUUCUGUUCCUGCCCCCAGCCAUCGAUGUGCAGCAGUCAGGUUGCUCUGCCCAAGUGAAGUUCUGUCURAUAACUCUUGCUCGAAGCUGGAAAUGCCAGAGGUGAGCGAGCAGGCCAGGACGGUUGUAUAAACACCUUUUUAUUUACRAUAAAGUGAUCUUUACAUACUUCUGGAUUAGACUGUGCAUAAUACCCCCUCUGGGCAAUUCUUGUAAACUAUACUCCUGUUUUGAAUGUUAAACUUGUGUUUCUAAAGUUUAAUUUUGAAAUGUUGGGAUUGUUCAGUUUAUGUAUUUGAACUACAAUAAACCAACCCUUUUUAUA